CCACGAGACAAAACACUUCAAAGCCUACGACAACAACGUCUUGCGGAAAAAUGUCUGAACCAUGAAGAGAUGAAUUGAAUCGAUAUUCAGUCUUUCUGUCAGUAUCUGCGCCAUUCCAGAGCAUAAUACCCGGUUUCAGAAGCUACAGAGCUACGCAAUAUCCGACGCGUAUACAAUAUGUCUGACUACCAGCUGUACCAUUCCCUUGGUCAAGGAGGUCCAAACGACGACCCAAACAAUCCAAAUAGAAGUGGACAACCGGCCCCUCCUCAUUUUCAGCAGCCUGUCGCACCCUCUCCAUAUCAACAGCCUGGCGCAGGGUAUCCUGGGCAGCAUCCAUACGAUCCCCAGAUGGGAGGAAAUCCGUCCCCUUACGGAGGGACACCAGACCCAGGCUAUUUCCCAAAUCAAGGCGUACAACAGAAUAACGAUGGAGGGCUGGCAGCACAAAUGGGAAACCUAGGGCUUGGAGAAGUCGCGACACAUGGGAGAAGGAAGAAGAAGGACAGACAUGCAUACCACAACGUCGAGCCGACUGGCUCUUCUGCAGCAUUCAAUGGCAUACCCCAAGGUGGUGUUCCUCAAUCUGCUUUCCUGAAUGCAGAUCCGUCGGCGAUGCCAAGUCCAGCUCCUGGAGCGCAGUUUUUGAAUACAGAAAUCACUCAUCAAAUGUCCCAAUUUCCUGCUCCUGUCAAUGCCCCUUUCAAUCCUACGAAUCCGGCGACGCAAACCGAAUUUGCUUCUCGGAAUGGGGCACCAGAUCCAGGCUUCUCAGCGAACAUGCAGACAUCAGCUCAAGGUCGAGUUGACCCAGAUCAGAUUCCUAGUGUCCCGCGAUCAAGGGAUGCAAUCGCACAGUAUUAUCUGAGCCAUGUGUAUCCAACUUUUGAGCAUCACACUCCACCUCCAGCUUCCGUGUCAUUUGUCGCUUUCGAUCAAGGCAAUUCCUCUCCUAAGUUUACCCGUCUCACCAUGAACAACAUCCCUUCCACCUCUGAAGCUUUGCAGUCAACAGGAUUACCUCUUGGACUACUAUUGCAGCCUCUUGCUCCCUUACAAGCAGGCGAGCUCGAUAUACCUGUUCUAGAUUUCGGCGACGUUGGUCCCCCAAGAUGUCACAGGUGCCGAGCAUAUAUCAACCCCUUUAUGGUAUUCCGAUCUGGAGGCAACAAAUUUGUCUGCAAUAUGUGCAAUUAUGCGAAUGAUGUGCCACCAGAAUAUUUCUGUGCCAUCACACCACAAGGGGCUCGUGUUGAUAGGGAACAACGACCAGAACUGAUGCGCGGUACUGUCGAAUUCCUGGUUCCCAAAGAAUAUUGGUCUAAAGAACCGGUUGGACUGCGGUGGCUGUUCUUGAUUGACGUCGGACAAGAAUCCUUCAACAAAGGCUUUCUAGAAGCGUUCUGCGAAGGCAUCAUGGCAGCUCUCUAUGGCGGCGACGAGGAGCCUGCCGAAGAUGGAAAGGUUCAGAGAAAGAUACCGGAGGGAUCGAAAGUUGGAUUUGUCACGUUUGAUCGAGACAUUCACUUCUACAAUAUGAACCCUGCGCUUGAUCAAGCUCAGAUGAUGAUAAUGCCGGACAUCGAAGAUCCAUUUGUCCCUCUCGGUGAAGGGCUUUUCGUGGAUCCAUACGAGGCUAAGUCAAAUAUCACUUCAUUGCUUAGUCAACUUCCAGCUUUGUUUUCACAAAUCAAAAAUCCAGAGCCAGCACUGCUACCAACCCUGAAUGCUGCGUUAGCCGCACUUGAGAAGACCGGUGGCAAGAUUAUAUGCUCCUUGGCUGCCCUUCCAACUUGGGGUCCUGGCCGGCUAUUCCUUCGCGAUGAUGGCAAGCAACAUGGGGGUGAUGCCGAGAAGAAACUUUUGCAGACUGAGCAUCCGGGAUGGCGAAAGGCUGCUGAGAAGAUGGUCACAGCUGGAGUCGGCGUGGAUUUCUUUCUGGCUGCACCUGGUGGUGGAUAUCUUGACAUUGCCACCAUUGGGCAUGUUUCAGCUGCAACUGGCGGCGAAACCUUCUACUACCCCAACUUCGUCUCACCAAGAGAUACUGAGAAGCUGUCUCAGGAGAUCAUGCAUACCGUGACCAGAGAAACUGGAUAUCAAGCAUUGAUGAAAGUCCGAUGCUCAAAUGGUCUGCAGGUAGCUCACUACCACGGCAACUUCAUUCAGCACACUUUCGGAGCAGAUAUUGAAUUUGGUGUCGUUGAUGCAGACAAGGCUAUGGGCGUCAUGUUCAGUUAUGACGGGAAGCUUGAUGCCAAGCUCGACGCCCACUUCCAAAGCGCAUUGUUAUACACGACAGCAAGUGGCGAGCGACGAGUCAGGUGCUCGAAUGUGAUCGCAAGCGUCAGCGACAAUGCUAAGGACUGCAUGAAAUUCGUGGAUCAAGACGCGGUCUACACGUUAAUGGCCAAGGAAGCUGCUGUGAAGAUGACUUCACAUUCUCUCAAAGAAAUCCGAGGAGGUUUGACGGAAAAGAAUGUUGAUAUUCUUGCUGGGUAUCGCAAAAACUUCUCGGGAUCGCAUCCACCUGGCCAGCUUGUCCUCCCGGAAAAUCUCAAAGAGUUCAGCAUGUAUAUCCUGGGUCUUAUCAAGUCACGAGCAUUCAAGGGCGGACAAGAACCUACCGAUCGGAGAGUACACGACAUGCGGAUGAUAAAAGGUAUGGGUGCUUUGGAGUUAUCGUUGUACCUUUAUCCUAGGAUGAUCCCGAUUCACAACUUGGCUCCCGAAGAUGGGUUCCCGAACGCCGAUGGUCAUUUACAAAUGCCGCCGUCCAUACGUUGCUCCUUCUCGAGAGUCGAAGAAGGAGGCGUAUACUUGAUCGACAAUGGCCAGAACUGCUACUUGUGGAUGCAUGCGCAAACUUCACCGAACCUUCUCAUCGAUUUGUUUGGCGAAGGCAAGGAGGAAUUGAAGACGUUAGAUCCAUACAGCUCGUCAUUACCCAUCUUACAAACGCAUCUUAGUGCCCAAGUACGGAACAUUCUUGAAUACCUGAAGACUCUGCGCGGUUCAAAAGCUUUGACAAUUCAGCUGGCACGUCAAGGAUUGGAUGGUGCUGAGUAUGAAUUUGCGAGACUACUGGUGGAGGAUAGAAACAAUGAAGCACAAAGCUAUGUGGACUGGUUGGUGCACAUUCAUCGCCAUGUGCAAUUAGAGUUGACUGGCCAGCGAAAGAAAGAUGACAGCGGUGAUAACUCCAUCGCAUCGAACUUCGCAGGAUUGCGACCUCCGUACUGGUAGUAUGGUUGCAUGUACCAACAUUCUUGGGUCAAAUGGCAAUUUUCUGUCAUAAUGUAGGUAUAUUUAGCGUGCAUAGAGAGACAAAAAGUGCAAAGGAUUGAUUUGAUACCCAAC